UUUGCCUACAUGAACUACAGAGUCCCCAAGACAAGGAAGGAAAUUUUUGAAACCCUCAUCAAGGGCUUGCAACGACUGGAAUACAGAGGCUACGACUCAGCAGGUGUGGCAAUCGAUGGAAAUAAUAAUGAGGUGAAAGAAAGACGCAUCCAGCUAGUCAAGAAAAGGGGAAAAGUCAAGGCUCUUGAUGAAGAACUUUACAAACAAGACAGCAUGGACUUAAAGGUAGAAUUUGAAACCCAUUUCGGCAUUGCCCACACACGCUGGGCCACCCAUGGAGUGCCCAAUGCCAUCAACAGCCACCCACAGCGCUCAGACAAAGGCAACGAAUUUGUCGUCAUACAUAAUGGAAUCAUCACAAAUUACAAAGAUCUGAGGAAAUUUCUGGAAAGCAAAGGCUAUGAGUUUGAGUCAGAAACAGACACGGAGACCAUUGCAAAACUGAUUAAAUACGUGUUCGACAACAGAGAAACUGAGGAUGUCAGAUUUUCAACGCUGGUGGAGAGAGUCAUUCAGCAAUUGGAAGGUGCGUUUGCGUUGGUUUUCAAGAGCAUCCACUAUCCAGGAGAAGCUGUUGCCACAAGGAGAGGCAGCCCACUGCUCAUUGGAGUGCGGAGUAAAUACAAACUGUCCACAGAACAAAUCCCAAUUUUGUAUAGGACAUGCAACAUUGAGAAUGUGAAGAAUAUCUGUAAAACAAGGAUGAAGAGGCUGGACAGCUCCACCUGCCUCCAUGCUGUGGGCGAUAAAGCUGUGGAAUUCUUCUUUGCCUCUGAUGCAAGUGCUAUCAUAGAACACACCAACCGGGUCAUCUUCCUUGAGGACGAUGACAUUGCAGCAGUGGCUGAUGGGAAACUCUCCAUUCACCGGGUCAAGCGUUCAGCUAGUGAUGACCCUUCUCGAGCCAUCCAGACCUUACAGAUGGAAUUGCAGCAAAUCAUGAAAGGUAACUUCAGUGCAUUUAUGCAGAAGGAGAUCUUUGAACAGCCAGAAUCUGUGUUUAAUACCAUGAGAGGCCGGGUGAAUUUUGAGACCAACACAGUGCUCCUGGGUGGCCUGAAGGACCACUUAAAGGAGAUUCGUCGGUGCCGACGGCUCAUCGUGAUCGGCUGUGGAACCAGCUACCAUGCCGCAGUGGCAACACGGCAGGUUUUGGAGGAACUGACCGAACUCCCAGUGAUGGUUGAACUUGCUAGUGACUUUCUCGACAGGAACACACCUGUGUUCAGGGAUGACGUUUGCUUUUUCAUAAGCCAGUCAGGCGAGACUGCAGACACCCUCCUGGCGCUGCGCUACUGCAAGGACCGUCGGGCUCUGACUGUGGGCGUCACCAACACCGUGGGCAGUUCCAUCUCCCGGGAGACUGACUGUGGCGUGCACAUCAACGCGGGCCCAGAGAUCGGGGUUGCGAGCACCAAGGCUUAUACCAGUCAGUUUAUCUCUCUGGUGAUGUUUGGUUUGAUGAUGUCUGAAGACCGAAUUUCAUUACAAAACAGAAGACAAGAGAUCAUCCGUGGCUUGAGAUCUUUACCUGAGCUGAUCAAAGAAGUGCUGUCGCUGGAUGAGAAGAUCCGAGACCUGGCCCUGGAGCUCUACACACAGAGGUCUCUCCUGGUGAUGGGGCGUGGCUAUAACUAUGCCACUUGCCUGGAAGGAGCCCUGAAAAUUAAAGAGAUCACCUACAUGCACUCCGAAGGUAUCUUGGCUGGGGAGCUGAAACACGGGCCCCUUGCACUGAUUGACAAGCAGAUGCCUGUAAUCAUGGUCAUCAUGAAGGACCCUUGCUUUGCCAAGUGCCAGAAUGCCCUACAGCAAGUCACUGCCCGCCAGGGUCGCCCAAUUAUCCUGUGUUCCAAAGAUGACACGGAAAGCUCCAAGUUUGCAUAUAAAACCAUCGAGCUGCCCCACACCGUGGACUGCCUCCAGGGCAUCUUGAGCGUCAUUCCACUCCAGCUCCUCUCCUUCCACCUGGCUGUUCUCCGAGGAUAUGAUGUUGACUUCCCCAGAAAUUUGGCCAAAUCUGUGACUGUGGAAUGAGACGGGAGAAUGAAGAGACCAUCACCACAUUUAGUCUGAGUCAAGUUCUGUACCAAGGGCAAGGGUGCCAGUGGGAAGAGAAGUGGGCAUUCUGCGUGUUCCAAGUAUGAUAUCCUGUAGAGCUUGACAGCUUCGACGUGCCUUGUACCCAAGUGCUUUUGCUACAGCAAAUAACUGUUUCUCUGUGUCUGAAGUUGCCAGAGGAGAAGGGAAUCAUUGUUUACACAUGGGGAUCACAGCGGAUUUUUUCCACUACUGUGCAAUAGAAAUUCAGCUCUCUUCAGAGUAACUGUGAACCUUUUUUUAACCAACACUAGUUAGUUUUAAAAGACAAAAUAUUUAUAAGGACAAUUGUAUAGCUUUUAAGUUAUUUUUUUAGUAUGUGGCUGUAGCCAUAGAAAUGCCCAGACUGUGUCUCCCGGCCAGCCAAUGUGCCAUCUUGGGGAUCACUUCUGGCAAUGGCAUUCAUCUCAGAUUUGAGCACAAGGCAUUGACCGACCCUCUAGAUGCCUUUCUACUUUCCCUUCUUCUCUAGGCUGCUCCUGAAUCCCAUCUCCUGACAUCACUGAAGACUCCCCCUUUCUGCCUCUUCUAAAUCCUAUUAAAAUCUCAACAUCCUUCAACAUUUUUUUCUCUUCUAUGGCCAAAGCCCCUCCAACUCUCCAACUUCUGCUUAGUCUGAUCCUAGUUCUUUUUAAGCCAAAGCAGCGUUUUGGUCCCUGCUCCUGCUCAUAGUAAAACAGCGUGAAAUAUACUGUGCAAGAGAAUAUUUUCAAGUGGGUUACCUUGCUUUCUAUUUAAAAGCGUGCACAAUCAGAGUACUAUGCAAUUUAAAGACAAUAAAGACUACAUUUUUUUU